UGUUGUCAGCAUGUAAUACUGUGUUCAAAAUUCUAGUGAAAUAUGUGCUUGUAAUUUCUAGUCAAAAGAGAAAAAUGUGUCUGCAUUUGUUUUGCGGCUUUGCAUCGCUCUACAUCGGUUGCAUCUUCAUCGGCCUCACGGGGAUGCUUUUGGCCGUGACGAUCUUUUCUGUGGGUCUGUUCGAGCUCGUCAUGGGCAACACAAACUUACUGCUCGUGAUCUUGGCAAUGGUCUUCGGCCUCAUCUUUGCCCUGGCCAAAUUAUUUGUGCUCUUUGGCACUUUGUGGGACAUUUGCUGGGCCAUGCUCAUAUCCUUUUUUAUCGGUCUGGUGGCCGUAUCGCUUCUCAUUGGCCUGGUGGUAAUGUUCUACCUCAGCGUACAGAACUCACUACACCUCCUACUAGGCGCUAUCCUGUGCAUAAUUGAACUGUACUACGAGUGGAUCAUCAUAUCCACUUGGUGGUGCUGUCGCAGUUGCACGCACGAUUGCUAGGAGUUGCUAGGAGUUGCAGUUGCAAGCAAGUGAUCUUGGCUCGCAACUCGAACCUGUUGGAACUCAACGUCUUGGGACCACUUGUAGUACCGAAAAGCAGACUUAAGAGAGCAGCUGCCUAAGAGAACGUGGAUCCGAAGUGAGUGCGGCUGGGGUCUUCCGACAUUGAGUGUCUCAUACACAAGUCAGUUCGAUCUGAGACGCGCGAUGGAGCAGUCGAGCUGCCCCAGCGAAUGAGCGUGUGAGUGUGUGUCUGUGUACUGCCCCCUACCCGUCGUAAUAAAGAUACAAAAUAUAUCUGGAGAAAAUAAUAUCUGAAAAUACACAAGUGUAUCUGCAUGUGCAGCCGUGUCUGUG